CUUGUGCUACACGUGCGCCGCCGGUUUGUCAUUCCAAGUGAUACAAAUAAGAGAGCUCGUUGGAUAAAUUCCUCGACAUAAUGGUAGCUAACAAGGAAAAGGCUGUAAAACGGAAAGCUUCCGAUAAAGAAACUACAGAAAAACAGAUCAUCCCUAAAGAGGAUGCACCCAGUGGGGAAAGCAAUGAGGAGAGUGACUACGAAUCGGAUACCGAUAACCUUCUAGGAAACAUCGAAAAUGAGGGAGAUGAUAGUAGCGACUCGGAUAAAGAGUACACCACGGACGAUGACGAUGAUGAGGUGCUGAGCUUUGAGAGUAUUGAUUCUGAUUUCGAUGAUGCAGAUUUGGGCAAAAUAACGCAAGGCAAUGGUGUCGCUGAUGAAGAGGAUAGCGAUGAGGAGGAAAACGGGAAUGAUGAAGAGGAUAGCGAUGAGGAGGAACCCGAGGACGUUGAUUCUGCCGAUGACGUUAACAGCGAUAGUUCACCGGAAGAAGAUGAAGGAGACGAGGAAAGUAGUUACGACGAAGAAGUCGACGAAGAAGAAGAUGAGUUAGCUGCAGAAGUUAUGGCGGCCCGAGCAGCGAAACAGGAUAAAACGAAAAAAGAGAAAAAUGAUAUGAAAAAGAAAGCAGCUUCCACCGGUUCGGACGAAGAAUCAGAUAUUCCAGAGGAUUACGAAGACGACGAGCCAAAGCUAGGUCGGAUUGAGGAUGUCCUUGGUAGCGGAGAAAAGAAAACGCGCGGUUUGGGUGUGUUUCCCACACUGCCAAAGAAGCAUGGAAAAGCAAAGGACGAGUAUGCGGGUGGAGACACAUCCGAUGAAGAGGAUAUCCGGAAUACGGUCGGCAACAUACCGAUGCAUUGGUACGAUGAAUACAAACACAUUGGAUACGAUUGGAACGCUAAGAAAAUCAUAAAGGCAAAGAAGGGCGAUGCGAUUGAUGAUUUCCUGCAGCGCAUGGAGGAUCCCAACUUCUGGCGUACCGUUACCGAUCCUCAGACGGGUCAAAAGGUGGUUCUAUCCGAUGCGGACGUUGGGCUCAUCAAGCGCAUCAUGAGCGGUCGUAACCCAGAUGCCGAGUACGACGAUUACGAGCCAUUCAUCGAGUGGUUCACGUCCGAGGUGGAGAAGAUGCCAAUCAACAACGUGCCGGACAGCAAGCGAUCGUUCUUGCCCAGCAAAGCGGAGAAGCUGAAGGUGGGAAAGUACGUGCAUGCGAUCAAAAUGGGCUGGCUCAAGACUAGAGCCGAAAAGAAGCGGCUAGAAGCGGCCCGCAGAGCCACCAAGUUCUACAUGCUGUGGGAAAGCGACCAUGGAAAGGAAGAAAUGCGGCGCAUUCACGAUCACGUUGCGGCACCGAAGCGUGCACUGCCUGGACACGCGGAAUCGUAUAAUCCUCCGCCGGAGUACUUGUUCGACGAAAAGGAGAUGGCCGAAUGGAAGAAACACGCCAGCCAACCAUGGAAACGGAAGCGUCAUUUCGUGCCGAGACAGUACAACAGUCUACGAGAGGUUCCGGCUUAUUCGAAGUUCGUCAAGGAACGCUUCCUGCGCUGCUUGGAUCUAUAUCUUUGUCCGCGUAGCAGACGUACGCGCAUUGCCGUCGGUCCGGAGUAUCUAAUUCCGAAGUUGCCGUCGCCACGCGACCUUCAACCGUUCCCGACACUGCAGAAUCUGAUCUACACUGGCCACACGGACAUGAUCCGGUGCAUGAGCGUGGAACCGAAGGGAGAGUACCUCGUCACAGGAUCAGACGACAAGACGGUGAAGAUUUGGGAAAUUUCGACCGCACGUUGCAUUCGAACGAUACCAACAGGGGACAUUAUUCGCUCGGUUGCGUGGUGCCCGAACAGCAAAAUAUCGCUCGUUGCCGUCGCCAGCGGGAAGCGAGUCCUUCUCAUCAACCCCAAGGUCGGUGACUACAUGCUGGUGAAGAAAACGGACGAUCUGCUGGCGGAAGCGCCCCGUUCCGACACGAUCGACUCCGAACGCAUCCAGGCAGCCGUCCAGUGGAACGAAGUCACGGAGGAGGAACAGAAGGCGGGCGUACGCAUUGUUAUCACGCACUUCCGCGAAGUGCGGCAGGUUACGUGGCACGGUCGGGGUGAUUAUUUCGCCACCGUUAUGCCCGAAGCGGCCUACCGGUCUGUCAUGAUCCACCAGCUGUCUAAGCGCCGCUCGCAGCUGCCGUUUUCGAAGAGCAAGGGAAUGGUGCAGAAUGUACUGUUUCAUCCGGUUAAACCGUGUCUUUUCGUCGCGACCCAACGGCAUGUGCGCGUGUAUGACCUCGUCAAGCAGAUGUUGCUGAAGAAGCUCUACCCCGGCUGCAAGUGGAUCUCCAGCAUGGCCAUCCAUCCGAAGGGCGACAAUCUGGUGAUCGGCACGUACGAAAAGCGGCUUAUGUGGUUCGAUCUCGAUUUGUCCACGAAACCGUAUCAAACGCUACGAAUUCACAACUCCGCGAUACGUAGCGUUGCGUUCCAUCUGCGGUAUCCGCUGUUCGCGUCCGCCGGUGAUGAUCGCAGCGUAAUCGUUUCCCAUGGCAUGGUUUACAAUGAUCUGCUGCAGAAUCCGCUGAUUGUGCCGCUGCGGCGGUUGAAGAAUCACGCCAGUGUGAACGAUUUUUCGGUGUUCGAUGUCGUGUUUCAUCCUACCCAGCCGUGGGUGUUCUCUAGUGGUGCAGACAAUACGGUGCGAUUGUACACAUAAAUGAAAGCGUCCGAUUUCCCUCGAUUCCGAACGUUUGUUUUUCCUUGGCGAAAAGUGUACUAAUAAACUGAUGGAACUAGCAGACAGGCUUAAAUAAUUUCGGCUUGAUCAUUGUUCAAUAAAUCACUACGAGACCGGUUAAAUAUCUGCUGUUCCGUACGGCA